AUUCCUCCGUUCCUCAUUCCCGACAAAGCUUCAGGUCAGGUCCCGUUUCGGCUGCCUCGAGAACUAUUAGUCUCAAGAACAAAAAUAUGUCUUUCGAACACCAUAGCGAGAAUGGACUGGCUCCUGCUCUAGGACAGGGGGUGCAAUUCUACGACACCGGGUCCCUGAAUGGGAACUCCAGCGUGCAUCAAAGCCCUUUCUUGGUGAAAGAUGGCGAGCAACCGCGGCUCUUCACAGUUUCGCAGGUGCCCCAUCCUCCCUUCGAGAAGCUUGCCAACCCCGGUCCACUGGGUUUGCUGUCUUUUGCAAUUACCACUUUCGUUUUGGGGCUCUAUCAAUGCGGUGCAGGUCUCCCUGGUAGCAACCCACGAGGCGACAUUGGCCCGGACGCUGCCAUCUUCGGCCUUGCCAUCUUCAUGGGUGGGCUAGCGCAACUCCUUGCCGGCCUGAUGGAAUUCCGCGUUGGCAACACCUUCGGUACCACCGUGCACAUCUCGUACGGUGCAUUCUGGCUCAGCUACGCCAUGUUCCACGUUCCCACACUCGGGAUCAAGGCAGCCUACAAGGGUGACGAGCGCGCCUUCUCCUUCGCCGUCGCCAUCUAUCUCAUCCUGUGGUGCUUCUUGACUUUCCUGUUCCUCCUGGCCGCUCUCCGGACCAACAUCGCCAUCGUCUCGGUCUUCACGACUCUUGUCCUUGCUUUCUUCUUCCUCUCGCUCGCAAAUUUCAUCGCUACCGAACACCCGGACGCUGCUAUCGCGGUUAAUAAGACCGGCGGUGCGGUCUCGGUGGUCUGCGCAUUCCUGGCCUUCUACGCUGGUUCAUCUGGUAUCAUGUUGCCAGAGACAACCUUCAUCAAAUUCCCACUGGGAAAAUUCAACAGUGCGCAGGAUCAACAACAACAACAACGAGAAGCAACGCAUAAAGUAUAGACUAGAUCUUCUAGAUGAUUAUGACUUCUUAAAUGUCUCCGGCGCAUAUAUACCCCUUGGGGAGGUUCUGCGGCAGCUUUGUCUCACCUAUCUUUUCUUUUCUUUUCUUGCCCCCAUUUUUCUAUGUUCAUCAUCAGCAUUUUUUUUUAGCACUGGGUUUCAUUUACGGGUACUUAAGUAGGAGGUUUUCGCCAAUGUCUCGACUCUAUAACUAGAAGAAAUUUCUGCUCUUUAAUAAAUGAUAA